AUGGGAUUGAAUCACUUAACACUUGUUUGCUCUGCGAUUGCGUUGUUAAGCAUCUUUGUCGUUAGCCAAGCUGGAGUCACCAGUACUCAUGUCCGAGUAUCGGAACCAUCUGAAGAAAUGCCACUCGAAACAUUUCCCCCUCCUGCUUGUUAUAACGCUCCUGAACAAGUUCACAUAACGCAAGGAGAUCACGCUGGUCGAGGUAUGAUCAUCUCGUGGGUAACACCAUUAAAUGAGGAUGGUUCUAACGUCGUUACAUAUUGGAUCGCCAAUAGUGAUGGUAGUGAUAAUAAGAGUGCUCUAGCGACAACUUCGUCCUAUAGAUACUUCAAUUACACAUCUGGUUAUCUUUACCAUGCUACCAUAAAAGGGCUUGAGACAUUGUAUAACUACAUGUCGAAUCCAAAAGGCCAAGCGGUUCUUUUUGCCGGAGAUUUAUCUUAUGCUGAUGACCAUCCUAACCACGACCAAAGAAAAUGGGAUUCAUACGGCCGGUUUGUGGAACCAAGCGCCGCGUAUCAGCCUUGGAUUUGGGCUGCAGGGAACCACGAGAUAGAUUACGCCGAGAGCAUACCUCACAAAGUACAUCUUCACUUUGGUACUAAAUCAAACGAGCUUCAGCUUACAUCAUCGUACUCUCCUCUUACUCAACUUAUGGAUGAGCUCAAGAAAGUUAACCGAUCAGAGACUCCGUGGCUGAUUGUUCUGGUUCACGCUCCCUGGUACAACAGCAAUAAUUAUCAUUAUAUGGAAGGUGAGAGCAUGAGAGUUACGUUCGAGCCAUGGUUCGUUGAAAACAAAGUCGAUAUCGUCUUUGCUGGUCAUGUUCAUGCUUACGAGCGAUCAGAGCGCAUCUCCAACAUUCAAUACAAUAUCACUGAUGGAAUGAGUACUCCGGUUAAAGAUCAAAAUGCUCCGGUUUACAUCACCAUUGGAGAUGGAGGCAACAUAGAAGGAAUCGCUAACAAUUUCAUUGAUCCCCAACCAAGUUACUCGGCGUUUAGGGAGGCGAGUUUCGGACACGCUAUUUUGGAAAUAAAGAACAGGACUCAUGCACAUUACACUUGGCAUAGGAAUAAAGAAGACGAGUUUAUUCCUGAGGCUGUUAUUGCAGAUUCUAUUUGGUUGAAGAAUAGAUACUACUUGCGAGAGGAGGAGACAUCUUAG